AUGCAAGCACUACAUGUAUAAAGCGGCACAAUCUGGCUGACGAAUACCAUGCCUUUGAAAUUUCCCGCUCCAAAGUGAAUCGCUCUUCAGUCUCACUUUAUCAACCAUGACGCUUACUACUGACAACAACGGCACAUCCUACGUCUUGCGCUACUUUGACGUGCAGGGCUACGGCGAGACCAUCCGCAUGCUGCUUACUUUCCUCAAGGUUGACUGGUGUGAAGAGCUCCCCGAUUGGCCCGAGGAGAAGGAGAACCAGCCGUUUGGGCAUUUGCCGGUCCUGGUCGAAAAAAAUGCCAAUGGCGAGGUCACCUUUGUGCUAUCAGAGUCGCAGGCAAUCGAGCGCUACCUUGCUCGCAAGUAUUGCCUAAUGCCCACUGACUUGCAGCAGGCCGCACGCCAGGAGCAGCUGCGCGACCAGCUUAUUGGAGUACUAAAGUACCAUUUUGAGUACUGCAAGGCAACGGGUGCUCGCAAGGAGAUCUUGGUAGACAAGUACACAGAAGAUGCUAGCAAGCUGGCUGCUGUUCAUGCCCAGGCUCUGCGCGAUAACGGCAACAACGGCCACUAUAUUGGCGACAAGACGUCGUACAUUGACAUCGCCGCAUAUGCGUUCUUCAAGUUCUUCCGCUCUGAGGGCCCGCGUGCACUGGAAAAGAAGCUUAAGCUGUUUGAGCCCGAGAACGCCCCCGAGAUUGCAAAGCUCAAUGCCACUAUCGAGGCUGACGAGGAUCUUGCACCGUACUUUGCAUCCUCAGCCAACAGCACUAGGCCAACAACACUGUUCAAGUAGAUCUGCAUAUGUUUUUUUUGAAG